AUGUUACGUUCAUCUUCACUUCACAAAGUUUCUCUUUUCAUGGCAUCCGAAAAACCUCAACGUCUUCACCAAACAGUUGCAGGAACAAACUUUCAGAACACACCAAAGAGGGCAAAAACCAUGGCCACUGCCACUGCAACUGCAACAGAGUCUCCUAUGAAGGAACCUUUUACCAAAUAUGUUGAAUAUCUUAAUAACCUUAAUGAUAAACGGGAAAGAGUAGUGAAAGCAAGCCGUGAUAUAACAAUGAAUAGCAAAAAGGUCAUAUUUCAAGUGCACAGGAUGAGUAAAUACAAUAAAGUGGAAGUACUUGAGAAAGCAGAAAAGGAUUUAGCAGCUGUGACAAACCAGUAUGUGUCUCGACUAGUCAAAGAACUGCAGGGAACUGAUUUUUGGAAGCUAAGACGAGCCUACUCGCCUGGGAUACAGGAGUAUGUGGAAGCAGCUACAUUCUGCAGUUUCUGUAAAAACGGAGCUCUUUUGAAGCUUGAUGAGAUGAAUGACACGUUGUUACCACUCAGUGAUCCUUCUCUCCAGCCUCUGCAGAUAAACAUCCUUGACUAUCUGUUAGGGCUUGCAGAUUUGACCGGAGAGCUCAUGCGGUUGGCCAUUGGUAGGAUUUCAGACGGCGAACUUGAAUUUGCUGAGAAAAUAUGCAGUUUUGCACGCGAUAUAUAUAGGGAGCUUACACUUGUCGUGCCACAUAUGGAUGAUAAUUAUGAUAUGAAAACAAAGAUGGAUGUCAUGCUUCAAAGUGUUACGAAAAUAGAGAACGCUUGCUAUAGUGUUCACGUGAGGGGGUCAGAGUAUAUUCCACUUUUGGGAUCAAAUGAUUCAAGUUCAUUCUUAGUAGGAGUUCAAGAUAUUGAACUAUGA